AUGCCAGUGCCGGGAUCUAGCUGCGUAAGUAGCUCAAACGGUGCUGCCGCGGCGGCUGACGUCAGCAGAUUAAACCCCGACGGUUCAGCGGUGCAAUUGUCGACUGCGGCAGGCAUUCCAGUUGCUUCGACAGGGGGGCCGGCUGUAGUGGCCUCUGCGACCCGCGUCGAAGCGGGUGCAGGGGGUGCAACGAAGCCCGAGGGCGAUCUGGGGUUACGGGAGAAAGCUUUGGCGGCGGGUGCCGCAGCUGUGGUGUCGGCCGUUAUUAUGAACCCGCUGGACGUCGUUAAGACGCGGCUGCAGGCGCAAACAGCGUCCGCAUCUCCCCGCGCCCCCGUCCGCCCGUCGCCACUCGCUUCCACCUCCCCCGCCGCAAUCACAUGUCCGUUCCCGGCUGUAGCCGCUACAGGCGCUUCCGCCCCCGCUGCCGUGGCCGCCGUUCUGGCCCGGGGCGGGCAUAUGCACGGCCCUGGGGAUUUACGGCGGGCGGCAAUGUCUUUCUGUUGUGACGUGGCGGGAUUGUACGGGCAUGUGCAUGGCGGAGUGGCUGCCGGUAGUGUGCGAGAGGAAGGGGCUUUGCGCUUGUGGCGUGGCACGGGCGCCUCUCUCCUCAUGGCUGUACCAACGGUUGGGAUCUAUCUCCCUGUGUACGAUAUCCUCAAGAUCGAGCUCGCAGCGAUGUCGAUCAACGGCCAGGAUCGCGCUGUGCCGGAGGCGUAUGUGCCGUUGAUCGCAGGGUCGGUGGCGCGUGCACUGGCUUGUGUCAGCUGCGCGCCAUUGGAGCUUGCAAGGACUCGCAUGCAGGCACAGAGACCAGUGGUGGGGGCAGGGGUGGGGGCAGUGGGGGUGGUAGGAUCACCAGUGGCAGCAGCAGCAGCAGCAGCAGCAGCAGCAGCAGCAGCAGCAGCAGGAGCAGGAGGAGGGGCAGAAGCAGGAGCCGCAGGAAGCUUGGGUGGGGGAGGGGUAGUGGGUGGGUCAAGGCCUGGCACGCUAGCGACGCUGCGGACGAUUCUGCAGCCGCAUUCAGGCACUCAAGGGCUGCGCGCGCUGUGGACAGGUGUUGACGCCCAAUUGGCCCGUGACGUGCCGUUCUCAGCCAUCUGCUGGGGUCUAUUGGAGCCCACCCGGCGUUACCUGCUCAGUAGAUCUGCUGAACAGUGGGAGCAGAAACAGCGGGACAGGCAGCAGUGGGUUCAGGGUGGUGCUGGUGCUGGUGCUGGUACUGGCAGUGAGGUGUAUUCUCAUUCGCUUAUUGAGGCUGCGGAGGAGGCUCGGCAGCUGCCGCUGCUGCAGGUGGUGGGGGCGAAUUUCGCGGCAGGGAUGGUGGCGGGGAGUGUAGCAGCAGCAGUGACUCACCCUCUGGAUGUGGCCAAGACGAGGAGGCAGAUUCAAGUAACAGGAACUCAGCUGAACACUGCUCAGACGCUGCAGCAUCUCUGGAGGUGA